GUUGUCAACAAACAUGGUCAUGGCGAUUGACUCGAACUGAUUUCACUACAAAACUACUACGUUAUUUUCUAGUGUGGGUGUCCCAAGUAGUGGGAAUGUUUAUAUUUAUAAUGAACUCAUAUUUAAAUUAUGUCAGUACUACUAUUAUCAGUGUAGAGUAGACAGUGUUGUAGUACCGUAUGUUUUUGUGACGAUAUGUUGAAUGUUCAUAAAUUAUGGCUAUUUUCAAGUCUCUGUGUCAUUGUUAUUGUAGUUCUAUAUUUUCAGUCGGAAAUAGCACGCUUAGAGGAAGCUUAUCGCAAACUAGAGUACAAACUAGUGCAAUCACAUACAGAAUCACGUCAAUUCUUUCCGAGAGACGCACCAAAAGAUGACGAUGAUUUAGUUGUAAUAUACAAUAGAGUGCCUAAAACGGGAUCUACGAGUUUCGUUGGUGUAGCAUAUGAUUUGUGUAAGAAGAAUCAUUUUAAAGUACUGCAUAUUAAUAUAACAGCAAACAUGCACGUGAUGUCCCUUAGCAAUCAGUACAAGUUUGCUCAGAAUGUGACAAAGUGGCAAGAGAUGAAGCCGGCUCUUUAUCAUGGACAUAUGGCAUUCCUUAAUUUUGAGAGAUUGGGUACAUCUUCAAAACCAAUAUUUAUUAAUCUAAUAAGAAAACCAUUAGAUAGACUAGUUUCAUAUUACUAUUUUCUAAGGCACGGGGAUAAUUUUCGUCCUCAUCUCGUACGGAAAAAACACGGUGACAAAAUGACAUUUGACGAGUGUGUGGAAAAAGAUCAACCGGACUGUGACCCCAAUAACAUGUGGCUUCAAGUACCAUUCUUUUGUGGGCAUGCAGCCGACUGCUGGAAACCCGGUAAUUUAUGGGCGUUACAGCAAGCGAAACAUAACCUCGUUAACCACUACCUCGUAGUGGGAGUCACCGAGGAAAUGCUGGACUUCAUAUCUGUCCUCGAAGCGAGCUUGCCGCGUUUAUUCAAAGGGGCUACGGAACACUAUCUCAAUAGUAACAAGUCACAUUUAAGGCAGACGAGCUCAAAAAUCGACCCAUCGCAAAGGACUAUAGAGAAAAUUCAACAGUCGACGAUAUGGAAAAUGGAAAACGAACUGUACGAGUUCGCUUUGGAACAAUUUAAAUUCGUCAAGAAGAAGAUAUUACUCAGAGAAACGAACAGCGUCGCGCAAAUUUUCUUCUACGAGAAGAUACGACCAAAAUGAUACAUUAUCACUAGGUAAUACAGUUGAUUUUACAUUGUGCGGUAUUUAGUAGUUGUGUUACAAUUUGUAUGUGGUAGCCUAAACAUUCCAUUUUGAGUCUAAGAAUCUUAUUUAUUGACUAGAUAUUUAGUUAACUUUUGUUAAAGAACCAAAUGUUUUUUUUUUGUAUAUUUUGAUUAUGUACAGGGAUGUUAAAAGACAUUUUAUGUGGGGUUAUACUUGAUACGAAGACGAGCGACGUGUUUAACAAGACAUUUGAAAUUCCAUAGUGAAUUCGAUAAAUAAAUAAAAAUCAUUAACAUUGAAUGGUUAUAUAUAAUAUAAUUAUAAUUACAAAAUGCAAUUCUAUUUAUGUGCGUAAUAAUGUUGAUUUUUAAAUGACUUAAAAAAAGCAUUCACAACUUUGGUUAACCGUUUUAUACAAACAUGUUAAGUUAUAGUUCUUAUAUAUUAUAGUAAUAUAUAGUUUACAUAUAUUACUAAUAUCUCGUCGAAUUGAAUGAUAAAAGGAACAAUUUUUAUUUAAGUAAAGCUAAUACUAUUGUAUAUUAAUUUGCUUUAGAUACUAAAUUACAUUAGAAUCACAUUGCGAGUAGAACGAAAUAAUAAAUUUUAAAUGAGACGUUAGCUUAUUGUUAGUUAUUAAACUUAGUAGUACUAAAACCUUAGUCAUUUUAUUAUUAAAAAAAAAAAACUGAAAAUGGUUUGAAUUCUUGUUUUAAAAAUGUUAAUUCGUUCGAAGUAAAUGUGCGUAAAAUAACCGUAUGUGUUCAUAAUAUUAUUGUUAUUAAAUGUCCAAUUUUAUUUUAGUUAUUUAUCGCGGAAUGCUCGAUAUGUUUCGUCUACGUUUCCCGUCAUCAUGAAUUGGACAUGUCGACAUUCGUUCCUCUCGAAACAUUUAAUAAUAAUAAUAAUAUAUAGAACUCUUUGUUCUUCAGAUAAUAUGUAUCUGUUAUUUUUUUUACAUAUUGGAUUUUUUAGAUGGUCGGCCUAUAUUAAUUAAUUUAGACAUAUAUUUAUUAAUUUUCAUUUGUGUUUAUAAUCAGUGCAUCUCUUUCUUCUUCCUUCUAGCUAUUGUUCUCUCUUUCCCUUGUCAUAUAAACGAGUCGCAAUAUUAAUACUUUACGUAUAAUAAAACAUUUGUUUUCGCUGAAAAUAUUGUCGUUGACAAUUCUUAGGUCACCAACUUCUGUUUCUAUUUGCCCAAACAUAAUGGAUAUAUUUCUAGCCGAGUAAGUACAUAGACCAACACGAGCUUUCCCUCGUAUUCCUUUGAUGUUUGCCGCCUAUGACUUUGAACACGAUAUAGGAGAACAAUUUGUAUUGAGUUAAGUUUAGGUCAUUGCAGAAACGUAUCUCGCUAAUAGUGCUAUGUACACAUAUAAUAUAUAUAAAUGACGCAUAAGUUGCAUUAGACACAAAAGGUGCUAACUCUCAUUUUUGGAAAAUUUGGCUUUAGAGAGAGAGAUGCAUUGAUAUUAUAUCAUUGGUUAUCAUCUCGCAACAAAAAAAUAAAAUUAAUUGUAACGUAUAGUAUGUUAAUUCUUCGUGAAAAUCUUGUUAUCGUCUCGAUUAGUAAUUGUUAUAUUAUACUUAGUAAUAAGUAGUUAAUUGUAUAUUUUGAUUUGUAUAUUAUUGC